AUGACUGCAAGUGAGAGCGAAGACAGUGACGAUUCAGAAGACAUGGAGGAGAUUAACCCACUAAAUAGCUCAUUGUAAGUUCAGACCUUAAAGUGCCACUGUGACCAAAUUUUCAUUUCUGUUUUUUUUCCAUGAUUGUGAAGAAUGCAUAUAAAGAAGCUGUCACGCAAAAUUUUAGCAUGAUAUCUUAUAUUUUGCCUGAGUUAUACGACGAUGAAGUUCGAAUUUUGGCGGCCGCCAUUAAAAUCCGCCAUAUUGGAAAGUUCAAGUGUUCGGGAGUCUUUGACGUCAUAGUCUCAACACAUGCUGGGCAUGCAACAUAAAAAUAUAUACGCGACUAUAGUAAAACCACGGUAAAACUCGAUCAUGCCUUCGUCGCGUUGUGCUGUACAAGAUUGCAGCAAUACUUCUGACAAAAACGCGGGUAGAUCAUUGCAUAAGGGCCCAAAUGACGAAUCUUUGAGAAGAAUAUCGGUUAGAUUUGUGCAAACUAAGCACGCCAAUUUUUAUCUAAGCUCGCGGGAAAUUCGAUUCAUGAUUUGUUUGGACCAUUUUUCAAAGGAUUGUUUUUGAGCGUUUAUUUCAUUUGGAUGGUUUGCAAAGACGAAUAAACCAGAUUCUGUGCCUACUAUUUGGAGGAAAGCGCCUGCGCAGCUAACAACAAGAGACAGGCGUAAAGUCAGAUAUCAUAUGAAUAUAUUUUAGCUACAUACAUAACUUUACAUAAUCUGAUAAGUCCAGAUCAAUUAUAAAUUCACGCGACAAGUGUUGUUCUCAUAUUAUUGAAAAUAGGUUUAAAUUUUAAACGAGUUGGGCGAAACUGCAAAGACUGAUACAAACAAGGAUGAACCAUCGAGCUGUUUUUUCAAACUCCGUGUAAGCUCGCUGAUCAGUGUUCAGGAAUGUUGAUCAUAUUUUAUUGUAACAACAACACAGUAAUGUGAGAUGCCUUGAACUGCCCGUAAAAUCUCAUACCAAACCCACGAACUGUCUGUAGAAAACUGCGCGUAAGAACCUAUAAAAUAUAUAAUAUUAAGUAAAUGGGCGCGCACAAUAUGUUAAUGCUUGUUUAAUAACAACAUCGGCAUAGUAGGCAUGCUUCAGGUUGACAGCAAUGACCACAUUCACACCUUAUAAAAAAAUGCAAAAUAGAAGUUCAGAGAUACGUUUUAAUUUAUUACUCCGGCAAAUAAGAACACAAACUUACCAAGACGAUACAUCAACAUGCAUGGCUUCAAAACGAUUUUGUAACAUAUUUUCGAGCUGUUCGUCUUCUGCUACAGCUUCGUCGACCUCAUACUCGGCUACCUCUUCAGGCAAGGCAAGCGGCUCCAGCAAUAGUCAGCAAUAGUAUCAUCAAAAUAUCAAAUGGCAAAAAUUCAUUGUCAAGUUCGCUUGAAUUCGCUGUUAUAUGUCUUAUAUAAACAGAUGAGAUGCGGGAGAAUCUGUUUCAGACAAAUACUCCAAAACGCUAUUAGAUCGCGACGAAACUGACAUUUUAGUUCUUGAAAUACAUGCGAUGCUCUACGUUUGCUCACUAAUUCUACUUGUGCCCUUGCGGUGUGUUGAGACUAUGACGUCAGAAGCCUCUCGUGACAACAUAAAAUCAAGAUGGCGGAUUUUAAUGGCGGACAGCGAUUUUGGACAUUUCAAAUGCUCGUAACUCCGUGGUUGUUAAUCAUGUUCGCCUGAAAUUUUACACAAGCAUUUUUGGUGCAAUAAUAAAGUCGUUGCUAGCAAAAAAGGGAAUUUUCUCGAUGAUGAAUUUUCGUCACAGUAGCACUUUAAAAUAUAUAAAAACAAUUCAAAAGAACAGCUCACAAGUUUUAGGUUUGUGUACAGUAUUUGUCAUGUGAAAUGACUCAACAUGCCAAGUUUAAACCUAUAUACUUUCAUUUAGCUUUUAUACCAUAUUUUGUACUGUAUCAAUCGUCUGUGCUGAAAUGUUAUACUUUCUACAACAAGUAAUAUAAGUAUCGUUCUAAGGAAUUUUCACAAUUGGCAUUUAAUUUGCACUUAGAAUGUAACUGUUCCUUUGUUUGUCAUUUUAUUAUUGUCAUUUUUUUAUAGGCUCCAAGUUGAUGACCUUGAGAAAACGUCCCUUGAAAGUGAGGUGUAUGAUCUGGAUGUUGAAGGGCAGGAUGAUAUCGGAAAAGACAUAUCAGAGCAAGUGUCUAGCUCCACUAACAACGAAGACACCGAAGUGGAAAUCAUACAACCUGCAAAUAUUUUCAAGACAGAGUACUGUAUUGCAGCAGCAACACAAUUGAUACGUUUACCCUACAGAGUUCAUGGCGAAAUAUGUAAGCGACCUGGAUGUGACGAACUACUUGAAUUCCAAGAAACAUAUCAUGGCACAUGUCUUGUGGUUACCUGGAAGUGUUAUGCAUUGCAUUUUGGUGGAAGGUGGGCCUCUCGACUGACUUGUGCUGGUCUUCGGGCGGGGAAUUUGUUGUUGGCGGCAGCAAUUGCUCUUUCUGGUAAUUCACACACCAAAAUUGGCUUCCUUUUCAAGGUCAUGAAUAUGACAUACAUAUCCCAGUUGUUGUAUAAUCAAUAUCAGAGCUUAAACAAUGCUCCCACUGUUGAGGAAUAUUGGAAAGAAAUGAAAGAAGAAGCAUGGAAAGAAAGGGAAGGGAAAGACAUUAUUCUCAGUUCUGAUGGGCGCAAUGACUCUCCUGGUCAUUGUGCACAAUACCUAACAUUCUUUUGCAGAUAUGGAGUCAAAAACCAUCUUAAAUUUGAAUAUUGUGGAAGAUAGAGAAGUCGAGGGGAGAAAAAGCAUGAAUAUGGAAAGAGUCGGUUUUGAGAGAGGGCUUGACGAGUUGCUGACUUCAACCAUGAAAAUAGAGGAACUUGUCACAGAUGGUCAUCUGGGAAUCAGUGCAAUGAUGAGUAUGUUACAAUUGAACUAUUAAGAAAUAAUUAUAUAGAAUGUAUGGUUGAUCACAAAUCUUGUAUCCAUUGUUUUAUGUUUUAGAGCCAAAACAGCCAUUAUGUUGAGACAAAUGUAUCAAUAUGUUUGUAAUAAUCAUGCAAGCCUAUAAAAGACAAAAUACACUUCUUGAUACUUCAACAACCAUAUUUGUUUUUUUUUAUCAGCUUAUGUGAUCAUUGACAUUACAUACAAAUAUUAUAUAUAUUAUAUAUAUAUAUAUAUUGAAAAGUGAAAUUAUCUGGCAUUAGACAGAUGAAAAUAAUAAAGUAGGGCGCAUCAGGUUGGAAUGCGACUUAAUGGGUUAAUUAAUUAGUUAAAUCUUAUAAAUUGACAUGUUUGACUUAUAAUAUUAACCCAUUUACUAAUAACUAGUACCGUACCAUUGAUGAGUAUAGAAUACUAAAGAAAUGAACAAUCUCAGCAUAUUGCCAGUUCAUAAUGGGUUCUACAAAUUGUGGUUACCAUUUAGACAAUUACUAACUCUGAAUGUGAUGUGAUAUUCCAAUUUAUUAUCUUCACAUAUUAUAUUGAUUGUAUAAUUAUUUAGAGAAUUCAGUUAAAUAUAAAGAUAUUGUUCACCAAUGGGAUGUUUGGCAUGGUGGUAAGAACCUUGGAAAGAAAGUUAUUGCAGUAAGUACUGUAGCCACUAAGAUACUUGAUUUGUUUGAACUGGACAAAUGGUUUUGAUAAUAUUCACUUGUAGCUUAAUACACAGAAUGAUACCGGUGCUAAAUUGUUCAAUUAAAAUCUGAUACAAUGAUGUUUCAAUUGAUAUAUAAAGGUGUUAUUUGUGGUUUCAUUCAUUCUGUGCCAGGAUAAAUUUCAAUGAAUGAUCUCAUCAAACCAGUGCCAUAGCCAGAAUGAUAAUUGUGGGGGGGGGGGGACAUAUUCAUAUAUUCAUGUUCACAUACCAUAAAAACAAUUGAUUUCAAAGGAAAUUAAUAAAGCAGAACACGAAUAUAUGAAUAUGUGCCCCCCCCCCCAUUACCGUUCUGGCUACGGCACUGCAUCAAACUAUUGUUAAUACAGUAUAUAUGACAUUGACGUUCUGUAUAUAGGCUAGCAAAGAAAAAGGAAAUGAUGAACAUGGGUUAGUUCAGUAUGCAACCAUUUUUGGUAUUGUAGUCAGGAGUGUGGUCGCAACACAGAGGACUUCAAAGUAA